AUGUCAACACGCUCGGGAAAACGCAUUCACUCGUCUCCUGAUCAAAUAUUAAACGUAAAGGAAAUUAAAACUGACAGAAAAACGCGAAGUCAGAUUCAAAAAGAAAAUUGCGAUAUUAUAGAAACUCAGCUUAAGAAGAAACAUUAUGUUUUACGAUGUCCUUCUGAGGAAGAAAUUAACAGUGACGCCAGUAGCAAAAGAGAGACUAUGCCGGUGCGCAAAUCUCGUCGAACUGUUCUCAAAGACCACAAUUUAAAUUCCGAUAGUGUUACUAAUACUGCCAAAACAAGCCGACGAAAUAAGAAAAAAGGAAAAGAAAUUGUUUCUGAUUCACCACAAAAAGUCUCGAAAAUUUCCAAGAAGAGGAAGCCUAGAAAAAAUUCAUCACAAAAUGUUGACACUGAAUUAGUUGUUGAUAACAAAAACGUGACCAAGAAGAAAACAAGUUCAGGCUCGUUAGUGGUGGAAGAUUUAAAUGAAAUGUGUGACAUGAAUGACAAUGUGUCUUUAGACAAAAGUAAUGGAUCCAUUGACUCUUUCCAUAGUGCUGCUGGCAGUACCAAUAAUAGUCCAGAGAACUUGGAAUCUUUUUCUCAUUUGAAUAAUAUUGACAGUAUAAUUGUAAACCAAAAACACUCUUUUCCAGAAAACACUUUAAAUAAUGGUGAGCAAUCUGUUCAAAAAGGUCAUGCUAAAAGAUCUAAGAGCGGAGUUGAUAUAAGUAAGAAAUGUGUUGAGACCAUUAAUGAAAAGAAGAAUAAAACUAUCAUUUAUAAUUCUAAUAAGGAAAAUGAAAUAGAAAACCAAAUAUUCCGCAUUGAUGAUUAUGACAAGGUAGAUGCAAUAGUAUCUAUAAAUAUAAAUAAUAAUGAUAAGUAUCAAAGCAUACAGAGGCCUAACAAUUCUAUUAUUAGUUUAAACAGCACAUAUGACCAAACACAUGAUAUGAAUAUGUCUAAAAAUUAUAGAAAAAGUCUUGAUACAAGAACGGAUAAACAUGCCAUCAUGGAUACUACUUUUGAAAAAGAAACAACAAUGACAGAUGAUCCUAUAAAUAUAACAUUUGAUAAAGAAACAUUUACCUUAAAUGCAACUUUUGAGGAUGUAGGGAAACCUACAACAAAAGAAAAUAAAAGUCUUUUUUAUAGCCCAGACAAAAAAGCACCAAAGAAUAUUACAUCAAGUCAAAAGAAAAAUACUGGAACUCCAGUUAAAAAUGUUUCAAGUAAGACUAAUACUCCUGCAAAGAGAGCUGACAUCAAAAGCAAUACACCUAUUAAGAUAUUUGCUGGUGCAAACAAUACUUCAGUUGCAAAUGAUUCAAGUAAGAAAAAUACUCCUAUAAAAACAGUUGGCAGUAAAAACAAUACUCCUACAAAGAAAAUCUCUGGUAAAAAUACUCCUAUAAAGGGUUCAUUACCUAGAGGAUAUACACCAAGGAAAAGUGACUUCAGUAGAGAUGUAGAGAAAGACUUGACUCAUUUAAAACAUUUCCAAAAGGACACAAGUAUGCCUGAAAAAUUGACAAAUCUUUCCAAUGAUGUAGAAGAUGAAAGUGUGGAAAUAAUUGAUAAUGUUUCAAGUACAAUUGACACUCUCAUAAGGACAAACAAUACUCCUAUAAGGGAUUCUUUAGCUACAGGGUAUACACCAAAAAAGAGUGAUUAUUGUAGAGAUGUAGAAAAUGAUUUAACCGAUUUAAAGCUUUUUAAAAAGGAGUCGAAUAUAUUGAACAAAUUGACCAAUUUAUCUAAUGAUAUAGAAAAUAAAAGUGUGGAAAUAGUUAACACCACAUUUGAUAAGGAAAAAGAUAAUGCAAACCUGGAUCUUACUUUUGACAAAAGCGAAAGUUCAAUUUCCUCAUUAAUAAGUUCUGAUUUGUCCAAUCCUAUAAUAAUUGACAAUAGUUUAGAGAUUGUAGAAAAGACACAAACAACUCCAUUACAACGUGAAGGGACAUUUACAAAAGAAUCUCCUGAAGUCAAAACGUCCCAGAAACCUCUUGAUGCCUCCCCAGGACGUACACCCUUCCCUUCAUCUAAGCGUAGUACCUCAAAAUCGGUACUUAAUGUCACAAGGUCUGUAGAAAAGUCCAGAAGUUCUAUCCAUGAGGUCCGUCGAAUUACAAAAGUAAUGUUCUGUAGUCCGGUCAAUACACCUAUGAUUUCUCAUCAGGCUAAAGGAAAAGUUAUUAAGUCCAGCUUGAAAGGAUCUAACAAGAGCUUCAUUUUUAAUGAAAGUGUUUCAGAGCUACAAAGCACAGGUCGAAAACGAUCAUACACACAAAGUGAUGCAGAAGAAAUUGACAGUAAGCGCAAGAAAUUGGCUGAACGUAAAGCAUCCACAGAUAAGCCUUCACGAUCUAGGACCUCGAGUGCUUCAGGUAAGAUUCAGAACACACCAACCAAAACGACUCCAAGUAAAAAUAAACUUGAGAGUAGCAAGGUAACUAGGAAGAAGCUACCAAACUUUGCAGCCCUGCACCAGAAGCAUUUUGAUAAAAUGGAGUCCCUUGAUGAAUGCCAGGAAAGGAAGGCAAAGCGAGCUAGGCAGAUGCUAGCUGCUGCUGCAAUUAAAGAAAAGGAUUCCAAAUCUAAGCCAGAGACAACAAAAACACACACCCUGGAAAGCUUGAAUCCAGGCUACACUAGGUUUGGUUUCAAAAUGAACAGCAGCAUACACUUAUUUACAGCUAAAAGUGAUGCUAAUACAUCUCUUAAUGCAACAAAUUCACAAGCAGCUACUAAGCUAUCAUUUAAUACAUCUAAUAAUUUUGAAAACAAGAAACAAUUUCUGACAACUUCUAAACCAGCAGUCAAGUCCAAAGAAAAUCUCCAUGGAUUGAAAAGACAAGCAACGUUGCCGUCUCUUACUGGCACAACGGUACGUAAAGAGAUAGCAAAGCAGACCAUUAUGAGAGAAAAAUCGAAUCUUAAGAUUAAGAGGAACAUUGGCCGCGAAGAGAAUAGAACUAUUAUAAAGGGUGUUCGCACAAACAGGAGGUUUGAAUUGCAGAUGCAGAUGAGAAAUAUCAACUGA